AUGAAACUUUUAGAUAAUUUGCUCAGAAACGAUCAAGAAGUUGAAAGUUCUAAUUUUCGCUGAAUUCGCAGUAAUAAUGAAUUGGAUCUUGAUGAAAUUAAUUUUGAAACCAUGGAAAAAACAUCUUAUGAAAUUUCUUCUCCUGAAGAUUAUAAUGCAUUAUACACUUGCACUUGCUCUUUGCCUGGAAACAAAUCAUUUUGCUAUAGAGGCUAUUCUAGAUCUGCCAAUCAAAAUGGCAUUGCUUUUAUAAUUGAUGAAGAUCAUAAAAUCCAAAUCCUUCCUUCAGAAAUGUCAACUGUUGGAUAUUGCGCAACCUAUUACAACAAUUAUGUUUAUAUGUUUGGGGAGUUUUCUUUUUAUCGAUAUAAUUUGACUCAGAUGAUUACUGCUCUUGUAUAUCAUUAA